UUUCCACUUUAUCCCCAAUGUCAGCUAUUUAGACUUUUGAAACAAAAUAAAAACGUUUUUUUUAUGACAUACUUGUUGACAAUUGACAACGUGUUUUGUCGAGUUACCACCUGGGACUAUAAAUGUCCGCUCGCGCUUUAGCGCAGGUGAACUGGCCCCUCGAAAUAUUUUUCUUGCUAGUUUUGUGGUUUACUCUGACUUUCUUUUGGGGAGGUUCCCAUUAGUCCGGUCGUGCCAGAGUGGAAGGACCCAGUGGGCGUUAGGACCUGGCCGCAGUGCCGAAGAGGAACGACGCGCUGCGAAGCGCUUGGAGAACCCGCGCGCUGACGAAUCCCUCGGACUCACCAUGAUGACCACAACCACGUGGUGAAGUCAGUCCUAUAUAAAUCUCUCUCUCUAACCGGCCGACUUCAGAUGUGCAUGUGUGUGCUGGCACGGGGACCGUUGUUUUCCACCAGAAGGACCAGAGGAGUGCGCAAACUGAAAAGGAAAUCGCUUUUGCCUGCUCAUAAGAUUUAGUUUAUCCCAUCACUCCGUACUCUUCUUCUCGUUCAGGCAAGUUUAGGACGCGUAAGACAGGUACAGCUUUAUUUUCUUCAGCAUCUGCUGGUGCCAAACGCGAGGAGGAGGAGGAGAGGCGAUGCGCCUUGCGGAGUGAGCAGAGGCUUUUCCUGGACCUCCACAUCUUCUCAUACAGCGAGGGCGAGUGAUUGUGCGGCGCUUUGGAGAGAGUUUGCGGCGCUCUGAUGCGGUGGAGGUGCGCGCAAAAAGCCUGCAGGCGACGCGUCUGUCAAAAAGAGAGCUUUGCGAAGCAGAAACUUUUGAUGGCCAAAUCAAUGGCUCUUUUAGUGCCCCGUGAUUCUGUGCACUUGCUAUGAAGUGAUUUGGAAUGAUGAUCUUAGUUUGGAUCUGACAGACCAUUUCGCGUUGGCACAUCGGAUGGAUUUGCAGGAACAAUAAACAGAGACGUUUGCCAUUGAUAAUAGAGUGCGCAAAAAGUUACAUUUGGCUUCGCCAUCGAAAUGACUGGGCUUCUGCGUAACUUAAUUCAUUAAUUAGCAUUUUCAAACUCGCUUCAGCUUCCAAAACAAAAGCACAAAAUGAACUUGUACGUCUUGAGUCUUCUUCUGACCCUGGAUCUAGCCACAGUGGCCGUCAGUUUAUCCACAUGCAGCACUCUGGACAUGGAGCAGUUCAAAAAGAAGCGGAUCGAGGCCAUCCGCGGUCAGAUCCUCAGUAAACUCAAGCUGAGCUGCCCUCCCGAGAUCUACCCCGAGCCCGAGGAGGUGUCCCGGGACAUCAUCGCCAUCUAUAACAGCACACGGGACCUGCUGCAGGAGAAAGCCAACGAGCGAGCGGCCACCUGCGAGAGACAGCGCAGCGAGGAGGAGUACUACGCCAAAGAAGUGCACAAGAUAGACAUGCAGCCCUUCUACCCUGCCGAGAAUGUCAUCCCUACAAAACAUUACAACCCGUACUUCAGGAGGCUCAGGUUUGACGUGAGCUCCAUGGAGAAGAAUGCCUCGAACCUGGUGAAGGCAGAGCUCAGGAUCUUCAGGCUGCAGAACCCAAAGGCCCGUGUGUCUGAGCAGCGCAUCGAGCUUUACCAGAUUUUAGGUCACAAGGACCUCACGUCCCCCACACAGCGCUACAUUGGCAGCAAGGUGGUGCGCACCCGCACGGAGGGAGAGUGGCUGUCGUUCGACGUGACGGAGGCUGUCAGUGAGUGGCUGCUGCACAGAGACAGAAACAAUGGAUUCAAGAUCAGCCUGCACUGUCCCUGCUGCACAUUUGUGCCGUCAAAUAAUUACAUCAUCCCCAACAAGAGCGAGGAGCUGGAGGCGCGCUUUGCAGGUAUAGAUGACAGCUUUGUGCACGGAGGGGAUCUGAAGAUAUUUAAAAAGCGGCGUCUCAGCAGUCAGUCUCCGCACCUGCUGCUGAUGCUGCUCCCGUCAUACCGGCUGGAGUCCCAGCACAGGAGCCACAGACAGAAACGCGCUUUGGAUGCAGCCUUCUGCUCCAGGAAUGUGCAGGACAACUGCUGUUUACGCUCUCUCUACAUCGACUUCAAGAAGGAUCUGGGCUGGAAGUGGAUCCACGAACCCAAAGGUUAUAACGCCAACUUCUGUGCGGGAGCCUGUCCGUAUCUGUGGAGCGCAGACACCCAGCACAGCAACAUCCUUGGCCUCUAUAACACCAUCAAUCCAGAAGCGUCUGCAUCUCCGUGCUGUGUGUCUCAGGAUCUGGAACCCCUCACGAUCCUUUACUACAUUGGAAAAAACCCCAAAAUCGAGCAGCUCUCCAACAUGAUUGUCAAGUCCUGCAAGUGCAGCUAGGAACCGAUCAGCUCCGUUUCCGAGAACACACAUUCACUCAAACAAACACACAGUAAUUUAAAACCCAAUCACACACGUGCUGCGCAGGGCGUCGAGGUACAACAGAGUAAUUCCUACAAACUCUCACAAACCACAACACACAUCUGAAUGUGUGAACUCGUGCUGGAAACGGCCCUGUCGGCAUGUGUCACAUCACCCGCUCAUCACUCUAUGGAUGUGAGUUUGGCAAACACUGGAAGUACGUGAUCUAUAUGUGUCUAUAUGUGAAGCAAGCGGAAGAGAAAAUCCCUUGUUCCAUUUAUUUCAAACCAACACUUCUGUUUUUGUUGUUGAUUUUGUUCCCUCAGUAAUACGGAUAUUGUUUGUUUGGUAAUAUAUAAAACCCAUGAUAUUGUUCACCAAUACUGGUGAAGAGCUGGAAACUUCUGGCAAACUGUACAGUUGUCACAAAUGAACUUCGGGUUUGGCUCAAAUGAAGCGUUUUUGCUUAGGGGUUGGUGACAGAAAGAUGAAAUAUUGCGGAAAGUUAAUGCAAGCCUCAGAAAGACAUAGUUUAAGCCACCUAACAUGGUGUAAAAUAAGCCCAAGAACAAUAAGUCAUGUUGUUCCAAGCAGGCAAAGACGUUUUGUUCCAUUGCAAACACAAACAUUCUCUACACAAAUACGCAACUGCACACGCAACUGCUGCAAAGCAAAACCAUUGCAUUUUUGUAUCACUGUGGCAGAAACAAACAGUUUCCAUCAAAUAUCUGCAGCAUUAAUCCAAAUGUUUUAUUAUGCAGAUAGCUGGAUAUAAACAUGCUCAGAAAGAUUCUCUUCAAACUGUUGCUCUGCCAUGACAACAACUGACCUGGCAGAGAAAAGUAUGCUAGUAGCGCCCCUGAGAAUGCAACAUGUACUUGUAAUAUUUAAUUGUGUUUCAGAACUUAACAGCGUGUGAAACUGAGCUUGCAAAGCAAGAAGUGUUUAUGGUUGUGUACUUAUAUGUGGAAGAACUUUAAACGCCUUAUUCUGAAGAUAAAAAAUGUUUUUCUACAAUUUUAUGUCUAGCUAGCUCUUAGGCUACGUUAACACAAUGAUGUAGCAAAAAACUAAAUGUUUUUCCCUUACAUUUUUAAAAAGUUUCACAUAUACAUGACAACAUUUUCAAAAUGAUUCACAGUUACACAUGUCCGCGCAAGCGGCCAAAAACGCUGUAUGACGUAUGCCAGGCCAGUAGUUGGCGCUGUCACCUUGUUAGUAAACAGCACCUGUAGGGAAGUGAGGAUUAUAUAAUGUUUAUGAUACGUCUCCGCUGUUAGUUGUAAUAUUGGUGAAGUAAAUCCACACUUUGCUGAAGAAGCGUUAGCAAACUCUUGAGCAGCAACAACAGUAUCAUGUACUCCGCCAUUGUUGUGUAUGUUGUGUAUGUAAAAUCAACACGUACUGCGCUUGUCUACAACCCUAACACGUACUACGCACGCGCAUGGUGUCACCGUUUUCAAAGAUCCACGUAUUUAGUGUUUACACAGAAACGAUAAUUUGCACUUUGAAACCCGUUUUCAAAAAUAUGCGUUUUCAGUCCCCAAAACAUCAUUGUCGUGUAAACGAAUAGGCAAAACACAUAAAAAGUUUCUCAUUUUUGGCUGAAAACGUUGUCCUGUAAACGGCCCCUUAUUCUUUAAAUCAUAUGUAAAGAUCACAACAAUACCUGCAAAAGAGUCCCAGGCAGAAUUGGUGCCUAUAACACAUGCCUGAAAGUUAGUUCCUUUAGGAUGGACAGAGGACAGUCUUUACUGUAUUUUAAGGUGACGAUGUUAGAGUGUAAUAUGUACUGAGUAAUAUUAAUUAACAACAUGUUCUUACUGCAGGGUAAAGUACAUUUAACUACACCACCUUAAAAUAGUGUUUGCAUGGUUUGAAAACAAUUCACAAAUAAAAACAGCUGCAAACAGCCACAAAUUUGCAUAAAAACAGGCAUUUCUGAAAAGAAUGACCGUGACUUUUAGAUACUCACCGCGCAGAGCUAUACCAGAGCAUGUUGUGCCUGGUUAAACUGGAAUACGGGUUGUUAGUAAAUUGGCAACUUCUUGAAUUCACCCCAUGGUCCCUCAUUAGAGCAGGUGAAGCUGUGAUGUCACCAACUCGACAGUGUUGAAAGGAAGUGAUGUCAUCAGACUGGUACAGAGACUGAAUUUGCAAUAGGUAUGUUUACAUGCACUAAUCGGAAUCAAUCCAGAUUCAGAAAUCAGAUUCUCAAAGCUCAAAGUUAUUUGUUUACGUGUGCAUUACAUUAAUUCCGAACAAAAAUAUAGCACAUGCGCAGUUCCCAGUCGCCGCACUGAGAACUGGACAUAUCUAAAAAUAAAAGUUUUUUGUUUGUUUUGUUUUUUUAAGCAAAUAUUAGGAAAUAUUCAGUCUCCUCCACUGACCAGUUUGUUAGACAUAACACGUAAACAUGUUUUUAUGACAUAAACCUAUCACUGAUGCAUAUGAGUACUUAUUUUUGCGUAUUUUCGAAUCUAUCCAAGAAAAUAGUUGUGCUUAUUUUUUUCCCAUUGUUUUGAUUUGUAAACAGGUUUGUAAACCUGAAAUAAUCAAAUCAACAUGAAAAAAUUUAGCAUGUAAAACACCCCUUUAAAUUUUAUUUGGAUCGAACUCUGUUGAAUCGUUCACUUGAAGGCUUUUGAGUCCGAUUGAGCCAUCGAUCCAAUUCUAAACGGAUCAUUGGGGUGCAUGUAAAUGUUGCUAUUGAUGUGAGAAGAGUGAGUUGCUUUAGUUAAGUCAGAGAUUUUGAUGAAAGGAUUUGAAGAAUGUGAACAGACGUGUAAGUGAGAGAAGGUAACCCACAUGUUGUGCAGAGGCCAGCUUGACGAAUGCACUGCAGCCACGCUUAUCAUGGAGAAAUUGUUUCUACACAUCUCAAAAGUCUUCCUGAAUUUGUGAUUUUGUUUUCUCUCAGAGAAAGUGAUCCUUUGUUACGAAGAAUUGCACUGACUAUUUUAUUUCUACAUUUUUCGUUUGUUGGUUUUUAUUCGUAGUUAUAGCUUCACCCACAUAACAUGAGCUGAUGAUGUGAGUGGCUUCCAGGUGGAGGUUCCCCUUUUAACUAGUCCUUAUCUUAACCAGUGUUAGAGAGAAACUGGUGGCAGAUCAGAUUAAAAGAGCAACGUCCAUUCAUGCCCAAGAUUUUUAGGUGACACUUAUUUUAUUUGUAUUAGGGCAAGCAUGACUUCCUGGAGACACAGGAAGUGGAAGGAGACACCAGCAUUGUCACACUAGAGCUGUUUAUUGUUAUUAUUGUCUAUGAUGAUGAUGAUGAUGUUGAUAUUGUUGACCCACUAUGAUGUAGUGUAACACAUUACUGUUGUGGUGCUCUAGUGGUAAAUAAAUUAUUUAAGUGACAA